AAAGUACUCCAGACACGCAGCCACUGCUGCUGGUCUGGGGCCUCACUGAAAUUAUUACCAAACCCGUUUAAUGCCAAGUUGGACCAACAGUCCAAACCAAUUCCCAGAAACCUCUGUCUGAAAGAUUACAGUACCAUGUACAGUUCGAAGCCCAAUCCAUUAGCGCAAUCCAAUACCCCAGACCAUAGUCCCCCACCCCAUUCAUUCCACGUAGUGUCGCGCGUCCAGAUCAUCUCAUGAACUCCACAAUCCAGCAAAACUCCAACCAUCAUCUAAAUCAGCCGGUUCCUCCGUCCACAGAUCACCACCACCAUGAGCCUACGGUCCCGUACUGCGUCUCCCGACAUCCAGCCAGUGGAGGACUCGUUGGCACGCCAGUCGGAUGUCACCGUAUCCACCAACAUCACACCCUACGCGGAAUACAAGGGCUUUUUCAUGUAUGUGUUGAGUGCGCUUGUACUUGUGCUCUGGACAUGCUGGGCCCUCUUGCCUGAGUGGUUCAUCCAGGAUUACCUUUCCAUCCACUACUACCCUGACAACUACUGGUCGUUGGCCAUCCCGGCCUACUCGUUAAUGGCGAUGCUCUUCGUGUACAUUGCGUUGGCACUUUACAACACGGAGGUCAAGACGUUUCCGCUAGACGACAUCCGCAACUUCAUAGACGAACACUCGGCCUUUGCGGGUGCUGUGGGCACGUCUGGCUUGAGCCACCACCAGCAGGUGGCCAGAGCAGUAGAGUACGUGCAUAAGGCACCCAGUGGGGUGUGGGAUCUUCCCAUUACCUUGGUCAACGAAGUAUUGUAUAGUGACAAGGAGUCUACAUAGAUGCAAGCUGUAAGUAUUGCUUGGUCACGAAGUAAAUAAUGAAAAUAAGAAUCUAUAUAGAUGAGCGAGCUAUAAUAUUGCUUGGUCAACGAAGA